AUGGAUUCCCACGUCUCUGGUCUCUUGGCCAUUCUUUUGGGUCUCGUCUCCAUCGUUGCUAUCCUGGCUGUCGUCACCGUCGCCGCAUCCGCCCAAAAGCGUAUCGAGAAGAGCACCUACCACGACAUCUACGCCGCCAUCCAAGAUGCAGCUACAGCGAGAAAGGGGGGCGAGACCUCCUCCAACCAGCAUUCCGAUGGCGAAGCAGAGAAACAGAACGAGCCUAAAUCUAGCUUCGAUGAGACUUCCAAGAAUACCGCGGUUUAG